GGAAGUGUUGCGGAGGAAGUGUACACGGGAAGCACUUGGACGCGACAGUUUUGAACGGAAGAUUCAGAUAUUACAGCAGAAAGAAUUAAAUUACCAAAUCAUAAGCGCGUGUGAUAUCGCAGAGAAGCGGCGCGUCAGUGCCGGAAAUGAUGGCGCGUUAACGCGUCUGUGUUUGUUAAAUAGAUGAACUCUAAUGAGUGUAGUGGUCCAGUCUGACUGAGGAAUCAUGACUCUGGCUCCUAAGGAGCUGUCUAACCUGCUGGGCAUCAUGUCUGAAGAUGCCUGCAGUAACAGCUUCGAGCAGCUCUCCACCGCCUUCCAUCACUGUUUCGGUAAAGCCGAGCACUUCCGGGUGGGUUCAGUUCUGGUGAUGUUGCUGCAGCAGCCCGACCUCCUGCCCAGCGCUCCUCAGCGGCUCACGGCGCUCUAUCUGCUGUGGGAGAUGUACCGCACCGAGCCGCUGGCCGCAAACCCCUUCGCCGCUGUGUUCGCACACCUGCUGAACCCGUCGCCCGCCGAAGAGGAGCCAGAGAACCCGCUCUCAGGUUUUCUUCCGCCCAUCACGCUGCCUGAGAAGUUCUUUCUGUCACAGCUGAUGCUCGCCCCGCCGAGAGAGCUCUUCAAGAAGACCCCCAGGCAGGUGUCCAGCAUGGACGUGGGCUCCACGCCGCAGCCCGUCGACAUCAGUGGACUCCAGCUGGCUCUCGCCGAGCGUCAGUCUGAACUGCCCACUCAGAGUAAAGCCAGUUUUCCCAGCCUGCUUAGCGAUCCUGACCCAGACUCCUCCAACUCCGGCUUUGACAGCUCAGUGGCCAAUCAAAUCACAGAGUCGCUGGUGACAGGGCCACGCCCUCCUCUUGAGAGUCACUUUCGUCCGGAGUUCAUCCGUCCCGCUCCGCCUCUGCUGGUGUGUGAGGACGAGCUGGCCUGGCUCAACCCGUGUGAACCGGACCAUCGGGUUCAGUGGGACCGCUCCAUGUGUGUGCGCAACGGCACCGGAGUGGAAAUAAAGCGUGUCAUGGCCAAAGCCUUCAAGAGCCCUUUAUCAGCCGCACAGCAGACUCAGCUGCUGGGUGAGUUGGAGAAAGACCCAAAGCUGGUUUAUCACAUCGGACUGACACCAGCCAAACUGCCAGACCUGGUGGAGAAUAAUCCUCUCGUGGCCAUCGAGAUGCUGCUGAAGCUCAUGUCCUCCAGUCAGAUCACAGAAUAUUUCUCCGUUCUGGUCAACAUGGACAUGUCUCUGCACUCUAUGGAGGUGGUCAACAGAUUAACAACAGCUGUGGAUCUUCCUCCUGAAUUUAUUCAUCUGUACAUCUCCAACUGCAUCUCCACAUGUGAACAGAUUAAAGACAAAUACAUGCAGAAUCGUUUGGUGCGUCUGGUGUGUGUGUUUCUUCAGUCUCUCAUCAGGAAUAAGAUCAUUAAUGUUCAGGAUCUGUUCAUCGAGGUUCAGGCUUUCUGCAUUGAGUUCAGUCGCAUUCGUGAAGCUGCUGGUCUCUUCCGUCUCCUCAAGACUCUUGAUAACGGAGAGACGCCCGCUGAGAGCAAGACAGUCAAGUGACUCACUGAACUCAACACAGACUGUAGGAACACUGAGCUUGAUUCUCUCGUGUGUGACACGGACAUCUGUCUGAAAACACAUGGAUUCACUCUUUAAGGUUUUCAUCUGUUCAUUCUCAUCUUAGAUUCUUCUUCAUUCUUCUGUUAGACAUGAGCUCAGACUCAAUUUCUUUUGUACCUGUGAAAAGAUUCUCAACAUUUGUUUGUUUGAAGUUGCUGUAAUGUUCUGUUAAUAAAGUGAUGGACCUCAAACAUUG